GUGUGUAAGAAACCAAUCUAAACCUGUUAUUAUCAAUGAUAGUAUUUUCAUUCUUGAGUGUCGGAUAUAUUUUACUACAUACUACUGAUACUGACAGUGACACAAUACAUAUUGAGUCAUUUCCAAAUCAAUCGAAACGGGCACGUACCUCAAGUACUUGCGAAAUCUAUAUUUUUUAUCUUUUAAUCGUUUUAUAACAACUAGAAUUAUUGAUUUUAGGAACUAAUGCUGUACACAUGUCCAAAACGUCAGUAACAAGAGUCAAUUAUAUAUUUUAGAAAAAUGUGUGUGACAGUCGCGGCUUUAGCUAGUCAAACAGUAUUACUUCCACGCGAAAUUAUGUAUUUUAGUAAAAAUGCAUCUCGCUUUUAUCACCGUAAUCGUAAACUAUGUCGUGUAAAUAAUUUUCUAUCAGAAAAAUACUUUUUACCCUCUUUUAUCACUGAUAAGUAUACUGUGCAAAGGACACGUUACAGUAGCGAAAGUAAACUAGCUUUUCCUGGUGCUUUAACUAAAGAAAAAGCGAAAAAUGUGGCCUCUAAACUUACCGCCGAAGAACGAGAGUUUUUUCUAAAAGCCCUGGAAGAGUGUAAAUCAGAAGAUGACAGAGCUCAAUAUCAAAGUCAGUUAGCAGCUUUUCGAUGGUGUAAUAAAUUUGGAAGGCCUAGCAAAAUAACAUCUUUAGGUGAUGUGGACCCUACAGGAAGUUAUUGUGUUGUACCAGACGAUUGGCUCAUGCGCAAGUAUGUUGAAACUGUUCCAGAACCAUCUGUGAAAGAUCUAAUAUUAGUUGCAAUUGCAAAUGCAAUUCCAUUCAUCGGCUUUGGUUUUCUUGACAACUUCAUCAUGAUUGUGGCUGGAGAUCAAAUUGAAAUAAUGCUAAAUAAAAGAUUUCCAAUAUCAACUAUAGCAGCUGCAGCAUUAGGAAAUACAAUAUCUGAUAUAAUAGGAAUUGGAUCUGUACAUUAUGUAGAACGUUUAGCACAAAGAAUUGGAUUUGAAGCACCAAAACUUACUCCUGUACAGUUAAAUCUCAAAAAAACAAAAGCAGCUGCAAAUAUGGGACGAGUUGUUGGAGUUACAAUUGGUUGUCUUAUUGGAAUGACACCCAUUCCUAUUUUUUCCUAUUUUCAUCACACUGGUUGAAAUUGUAAAUAUUAAAUAAUUAAAUGAUUGUAAUAUUGCAAUAGAGGUAUGAAUAUCUUCCAUUCACAGUAUGUCAAUGUGUAGUGAUAGAACCAAGAAAUAUUCACUCACAUUAUUCAACUAUUUGCAAUAUUAAUUUAUGACAAUCAUAAAACUAUGUAACAUAAUUUAAUCUCUAUAAUGAAUGUAUUUAAUGUAAUAAUAUGUAUAAAUUAACUGUACCAUUGAUAUUAACAGUAUUAGUAAUAGAUGUAUCCGUCUGUUUUAAUAUUAUCACAUUUCCCCGUGAUUUAGAUCUAAGGAUGUUGAGGGUUUUAAUAAUUCCAGAAAUUAAUUUUCGUUCCAUGUUUUUUAUUAGAAAAAUUGUUUUGUUAGUAUAGUGGUUGUUUACGAAUUUACAAGUUAGUACAAAAAAUAUAUAUUUUUCUUUUCUAUAAAUCUGUCUAAUAAAGACUUUAUGUUUUGUAAAAUUUUUCAUUUUUUCAGUAUAUAACUUUCAGUGUUGAUGAU